AUGCCUAAAGCAGAGUUUGGUACUCCAAAGUACCUUAGCAACAAGAUGAAGUCUAAGGGAUUGCAAAAAUUGAAAUUCUAUUGUCAAGCAUGUGAAAAGCAGUGUCGAGAUGAGAAUGGUUUCAAGUGUCAUAUGAUGUCUGAAUCCCAUCAACGACAAAUGUUGGUUGUAGCUCAAAACCCUGGCAAGUUCAUUAGCAAUUAUUCUGAAGAAUUCAAACAAAACUUUAUUCGUCUACUCUCUCGGUCGCACGGUACGAAGAGAGUCCUUGCGAACAGAGUUUAUAUGGAUUACAUUGCACAGAGAGAUCACAUUCACAUGAACGCAACUAAAUGGAACACACUGACCGAAUUCUGUAAAGAAAUGGGAAGAGCUGGUAUUUUUAGAGUAGAUGAAACAGAACGAGGUGUACACAUUGCUUGGGUUGACAACAGUCCAAAGACACUUGCCAAACAGGCUGCUAUUCAAAAGAUGGAAAGAGCUGCUAAAGAUGAUGAAGAAAGAGAAAAAGAAUUACUAAAGGAACAGGUUGAAAAGGCAUCAAAGCUUGCAGAAGAAAAAGGUUUAGACCGUGAACCGAAACCAACAGAAUUGAAAAGAGAAGGCGAGCAGCCAAUAAAGCUGAAUUUAUUCAUGAAACCUGCUGCUCCUGCUGCAUCGCCUUUG